ACCAAAACUUGAAGGGCAACAUUUUCAGUAGAAGCUUAUAAGUGGCACGCAAACGGAGGGCAGUCCUUUGAAAAGCAGACGUUGCCGCUAAACUUUCUCCCGCCAUAUACACUUCCUUUCCUCACCAGCCACACCCUCCCACUUUCUGCCUUCUUCUUUGGAGAAACACAAUAGCAGAAACACUACCAGUUUCUCAAACAUCAAACAAAAUUCAAUUCGAUGGCCAUCUCCGAUUACUCACGUCAAUCUCUCAUCCCCAACUUUCUCUACUCUCCUUCAGUUUCAUCAAAGAGACUCGUUGACUUGGACUCUUCAGUGAACUCCAGCCAUGGACUGUAUCAAUCACCAUUCAUUUCUAAAUCAUCGCAGUCCAGUGGAUUGUCGAAGACCUUCGUGAUUCCGGCACCAAACGAGAAGAUUGAGAUGUACUCACCGGCUUUCUACGCAGCGUCUGCGGCCGGUGGUAUGUUUAGCUGUGGACUUACUCACACGGCGGUUACUCCUCUCGAUCUCGUCAAGUGCAAUAUGCAGAUUGACCCAUCAAAAUACAAAAGCAUCUCAUCUGGAUUUGGGGUCUUGCUCAAGGAGCAAGGAGUUAGAGGUUUAUUUAGGGGAUGGGCUCCUACACUGCUUGGUUACAGUGCUCAGGGUGCUUUCAAAUAUGGACUCUACGAAUUUUUCAAGAAGUACUAUUCUGACAUUGCUGGGCCUGAAUAUGCAACCAAGUAUAAAACUUUGAUUUAUCUUGCUGGUUCUGCAUCUGCUGAAGUGAUUGCUGAUGUUGCUCUCUGCCCUAUGGAGGCAGUGAAGGUUCGUGUGCAAACUCAGCCUGGUUUUGCACGUGGCUUGGCCGAUGGGAUGCCCAAGUUUAUCAGAGCAGAAGGCUAUGCUGGGUUAUACAAAGGGCUGGUUCCACUCUGGGGACGUCAGAUUCCAUAUACAAUGAUGAAAUUUGCAUCCUUUGAGAAUAUAGUGGAGCUGAUGUACAAAUAUGCAAUCCCAACUCCAAAAGACAAAUGCAGUAGAAGUUUGCAGCUUGGAGUCAGCUUUGCUGGUGGAUAUUUUGCUGGUGUUCUCUGUGCUGUUGUCUCGCAUCCUGCUGACAAUUUGGUGUCUUUCCUGAACAAUGCCAAGGGGGCAACUGCUGGUGAUGCGAUCAAGAAGCUAGGAUGGUGGGGUCUCUUCACCCGCGGUCUUCCUCUCCGGAUUGUCAUGAUUGGAACCCUUACUGGAGUCCAAUGGGGUAUCUACGAUUCUUUCAAAGUGUUUUUUGGGCUACCAACUACUGGUGGUGCUACUCCACCUGCUGCUGCUAAGGCUUGAAUGUAGAGCUGAUAGGCUAAGAAGAUAAAUUGUUUAUCAGGCAGGUGAUUUCUCAUUAAUGAUAUUUUUUUAUUCGGUAUUUGUGAGGUGAUUUCUCAUUAAUGGAUGUAUAAUAGUUGAUUGAGUUGAUGCCUUCCAUAGUAGGAUCAGUUUAUGGUGGGCCCUGUAUUCUUUGAAAACGCCUUCCUGAAAGGAGUGUUUUAAUACCAUCCUGCUUCGUCUCUAGGUUGUGAGUUCGUGUUACUUGGGAUCUCGAUUUCUAUACAGAAAAUAAAUAGCAUGAAAUUUUUUUGUUAU